AUGACAACAUCAAUGAAUAAUUUUCAAUUUGCUCCACUGAGGACUCUUGAUGACUUUCUUUUAGAAUCUGCUAGAUUUCAGCUACCUAAUUUUGGUGAUUUCGAGAAGUGGGGAAAUCGUGUAGUUAAAAAUCUGCUAUACUAUCAGACAAAUUAUUUUGUUUUGGGAUGUAUGGAGCUUAUCAUAAUCGGACUUUUCCAGCCGGUUAAAAUUGCUCUAGGAAUGGCAUCAAUAUUUGCUGUGAUUUAUGCCUUAUUAAUGAUUUAUGGACCGAAUCAAAAUCCUUCAGUUCAACAAUUACAAUCUGUUAAUAAAUAUGCAGUUUUUGGAUUAUUACUAGGAAUCACUUACAUCUUCUUGUACAUGUUUGAUGCAGUUCUACUCGUUCUUUUUGCUGUUUUGCUUCCAAUAAGCAGUGUUUUCAUUCAUUCCUCAUUGAGAUUAAGAAACUUGAAAAAUAAGCUGACAUCCACAGUAGAAUCAAUUGGAAUCAAGCAUUCACCAAUGGGACAAUUUUUAGAAGCUAUGGGUUUAAUGCCCGAUACAUUUCAGUAA